GUCCUCGUUGUCAGUAGUAUCGCGACUACCAAACGGUAUUGAUGCGUUUGUUGAUGUUGUCCGUUUACGUUCAUUUGUGCCGUCUUACAAUCGCCACUUGUUGAAAAAAUCGAGAAAGCCGUUGCUUCUCAUUUUUUUUACAUUAACAUGAUGUGCGAUCAAUUCGAAUAAUAUAAAUUAACAAAUAAAAUUGUUUAAGUUUGUUUUUAAAUUUUUUUUUUGGUAUUUUUGUUUUUGUGAACACCAACAUGCCAUUGUUCGGCAAAAAAGACGUGAAGAAGAAGAAAGAUUCUGAAAAAACGCAAUCAAUUGAUGACAAAUAUGAAGUCAAAGAUUUAUUGGGAACGGGUGCAUUUUCUGAGGUCAGAUUGGCCGUAAGUAAAGAACGACCUAAUGAAAUGUAUGCAGUAAAAAUAAUCGACAAAAAAGCGCUCAAAGGAAAAGAAGACUCAUUGGAUAAUGAAAUAAAAGUUCUUCGGAGGUUCAGUAAGUCCGUGAAGAGAAGUGAUCAAUCAGGGCCCGACGAUAAGAACGAGAGUAAAUGGCUAACUCAUCCAAACAUUGUUCAGUUAUUGGAAACAUUCGAAGACAAGUCCAAAGUUUAUUUGAUUAUGGAGCUAGUUACCGGAGGUGAAUUGUUUGACCGAAUUGUUCAAAAAGGAUCGUAUACCGAAAAAGAUGCAGCGCAUUUGAUCCGACAGGUGUUAGAAGCCGUGGAUUACAUGCACGAACAGGGUGUGGUUCACAGGGAUCUGAAACCUGAAAACCUAUUGUACUACAGUACAGAUGAAGACAGUAAAAUCAUGAUCAGUGACUUUGGUCUGUCUAAAAUUGAAGACUCUGGAGUCAUGGCAACGGCCUGUGGUACUCCUGGUUAUGUUGCUCCAGAAGUCUUAGCACAAAAACCAUACGGAAAAGCAGUUGAUGUUUGGAGCAUCGGUGUCAUAUCUUACAUUCUCUUAUGUGGUUAUCCGCCUUUUUAUGACGAAAAUGAUGCUAAUCUUUUCGCGCAAAUUUUAAAAGGUGAAUUUGAGUUCGACUCUCCUUAUUGGGACGACAUAAGUGAUUCGGCAAAAAACUUCAUUAGGCAGCUUAUGUGUGUUGAUGCAGACAAACGGUUCACUUGCCGCGAAGCUCUAGCACAUCCUUGGAUAUCCGGUAACGCGGCUAGCAAUAAGAACAUCCACGGAACCGUUUCGGCACAACUUAAAAAGAAUUUCGCUAAAUCGAGAUGGAAGCAAUUAAUGAACGCCAUAACGAUGGUGCACAAAAUGCAGAGGUUAGCGAUGACCGUGUCAGAUGCUGACCCUGACGCCUCAUCGGGUGCGGUGCCCGCCGUUACGGGCAGACAGACGUGCACCACUAUAGUAGAGGAAGCCGAAAUCGAAUACGAAGGCGAUUCCUAUGAGUCUAACGAUGAAGGAGAUAAUAGUUAUGGUGCAAAAGCAAGCAUACCAUGCUACAACGGUAGUACGCCAAAUGAAAAAAAUGGCAUUGAAUAGCGGAGCUGGGAUUAGCCAAGAUCAAGCGGAUGAUGGUCAGCCAGGACUUAAUGGACUAACUGAAUGAAAUAACCUCCGUACAAACGUUUGCAUUAAAGAUUAAGAGUAAACUGAUGACAUAUUUUUUAUUAAGUGUUAUACUGAUGCAUAUAUUCAUUAGUAUGUAUAAUUUAAUGUAAUAGAAACGUUUUAUAUGUUUUCUGUAUUUUAAGCUAUUUUAGUGUUACGAUUUUUUAUUAUUAUAACUUGUUAUUGAAUUUUAAAAUUUUUUAACGUAAUAUCUGCAUUGUAUAAAACAAAUUGUUAAUUGGUUUUAUUUUAAUCUCAUUUUAAGUAUAUUUUUCGCUACCUUUUUAUCUUAUUCGUUUCUACUGAUAAUUUUAAGUUUUUAACUAUUAACCUUUUAAACGUUAAAUGGUCACAAAAUAAUUUAUAUUAUAAAUAAUGUUUA